UUAAAUUUAGUGAGUCAGUUGUGUAAGGAAACCUGCUUGAGUGUAGUCGAUAGGGAAAAGUGUUACACUGCCAAAUUCGACUUAAUCAAUUUGUUUAUUUUUAUUUUUGUGAAUAACAUUAAUCCCAUCUUUAAAGUGAAAAUCGGUGUUUCAGAGCUGUUAAACAGUUUUAUUUAAAAAAAUGAAACGACGAGCUUGUGAAACAGACUUGCGAAGGGGUGAUAACGUGGUGUGUUUGCUUUUUGAUAAAGACCGUUAAAGAGUUGAACUUGAAUAGAUAGAUCAACACUUUCGGAAAGGUUUAUCGUCGUCAAAUUGAGUUAUUUACGGUUGAAAAUGUCGUUUUUCAACAGCAAUAAAAGUUUUAUCAGCUCACCAUCAAGGGAUAAUUCGUCCAGGAACAGUCUCGCACGAAGUCCUUCUAGCCCUUUUUGUACCAGCCCAAGUCAGCUGCAGGAGAUGACCCUUGAUCAGGAUGCAGCAACUACUAUGGGAUUACGGUCGCUGGGCGGUCAGACGCGAGGACGAUCGGUCAAGGAGUUGGAAGAUCAACUCAACAAUCUUAAAAAAGAAAAUUUCGACCUCAAGCUUCGUAUAUACUUUUUGGAGGAAAAGAUGGGGACCAACUUUACUUUGGAUAAGGAAAAUAUUAUUAAGAAAAAUAUAGAAUUACAGGUAAAAGUGUCCAAUCUCCAGAAAGACUUGAACCAGAAGCACGAGUACUUAUGUCAAGCUGUAAAAGGAAUGGAACUUGUGGAAGAUGAACAUAAAAAAAUGGCUAAAAGCAAGGAAGAGGAAAUGGCUCAACUUCAGCAGGAAAUGGCAGAGAUGAGGUCACAAUUACAGGAUAUUAGUUACUCCGGUAAUAUAACAUGCACCAAAUCUGGCGGGUCGAGCAGACAUUCUGAAACAGACCAGCCGUUUUUUCACGAAUAUAUUCCUGAAUCGAAAAGUAGAGACAAGCGAUAUGGUCAGGAUGGCGAUUUUUCCAUCAAAGAAAAUCAGUUGGCAAAUUUCGUCUACGACAGAGCGGAUAAUCUGCGACUCCAAAUCGACUCUUUACAAACGGAGUGCGAAAAUAAAGAUCAAACAAUUGAUAGCUUGAAUGCUGAGCUUUCGUCGGCAAAUGAGCGUCUUAUAGAUUUUGCUAAUCAGGUGAAAGAGUACGAAGAAAAACUUGCUAAGCAACAUUUGAAGAACGGACAGUUGUUGGCCAAAAUGCAGGAAGAACAAAAAGCUAAAGAUAAGCUGAAGGCACAGCUGGCCGCAAUUAAUCAGAAAUAUUCCAUGGCCAAGUAUGAAUUCGAUCAAGAUCGCGAAGAAUUCCAUAAAGAGAAAAAAGUCCUGGAUCGCAAUAAUAUGAUAAUGGAUAUGCGCAUAUCUGCAUUGGAGAGUGAGAAUCGCAAACAAAAAGAGCUGUUAAAACAGCAGCAGGCCAAAGUGGAAGCGGCCGUAAUUGAAGCGAAGAAAAAUAAAAACAUAGCGGUCUCCACAAGUCGCAAUGAGAACCAAAACCUGUCGAAUACUGACGAUGGAUUUGUUUCAGUUCCAAGCGCAACAACAUCUGGAGGAUGUGCGGAAGAGAACGCAUUACCUCUACCGGUAACGCAACAACCCAGUAAGGCCAAGCCGUCCACAAAAAAUCAGGUACUGCAAACACCUGAUGGCAAAAGCUUAGUCAACUUCGAAAAGCUUCUAAUGGAUGGCGGCGACAACGAUUCCAUCAAAACACAAUUUUUCUCUCUGAAAGACGACUUCCUUGUUCAAAAACAAAAAAUCAUGAAAUUGAAAUGCGAUCAACUAAGGGCUUGCGAAAUUAUCAAGAGUAUGAUCGAUAUUAAGAAUAAGGCCAACGACGAAAUCGAGCAACUUAAGAAAACCAAUGCACAGUUGGAAAAGGAACUGGAAAACGUGGUGUGCAAACCGCAGAAGGAUAAAGCCGCUGGUCCGCUUCAGCCAAUGGUCUUAGAAGAGAACAACACGAGAGUAGGAACGCCGCAGCCAUCUGAGAAAUUCAGCAUGGCCGAAGAAAAACAGCAAUUCGAUAGUGGAGAAGCGGACAUCGUUGAACAAUAUAAGAGGCUCACGGUAGAAUUAGAAGCAAAAAUUGAGGUUCUGGUGGAGACACUCAAGGAAAAAGACUCUCAAAUGGCAUACAUUAGGACGCAAUACGAUCAGCUGCUAAACACCCUGGAAGAGAAGGAAAACAACAUUGUAGAUUUGGAAUUUGAACUUCUUUCUAGUAACCAAUCGCCCGAAGACUUGGAUACAUCUCAACGCGAAAGAGAGAUUGCUGAAAUCRAGAAGAAAAUCAACAACUACAAACAAGAAUUGGAAGAGAAAAAUCUAGAAAUUCGAAGAUUAAAUGGUCAGGUACGACAAUACGGAUACUUCCUUAACCAACUUAUGAACAAAGAACUGUGGACCAGGAAUAUUGAGAUUGAGAAAAUGUAUCUAAAGCAAGACCAAAUGGCGCAAGAUCAAAUGGCACAAUCCCCUGAAAUGGAUAGAUUGAAGAAACAGGUAUCUGGAAAAGAUUUUCAGAUUAAAAUGCUCAAAGACAAGAUUGACCGUUUGGGCUUGAACGCCACUUUACCAGGCGAAGAUCCGAAGAAAAACAUUCAGACUAUUUUAUUAUUACAGGAUAAAUUGAGAGUUGCUGAAGACGAGAAGAAAUUUCUCGAAAAGCGCGUCUCCGAACUUGAGACGAUUGCGGCGAUGUUUGAUAGUUUAAAAUCAGAAAAUCAGACGAUUAAAUCGGAGCUCGACAAAAGCGAACAGCUACGCCACGAAAUGGAAGAGGUCUGCUCUGUGUUAAGCAACAGAUUAGAGGAACUUGCCAUGUUUCUGGACUCUUUGCUCAAACACAAAUCGGUUUUGGGCUUCCUGGGCUUGGCCAAGAACAGAAAGCUCAGAGAAAUCAUCAGCAACAGUCUGGAUAUGUCCAGGUCUUUUACAAUGAGUUUAAUGGUUAAUCCGGAACAGAGCCUUACUCAGCUGUCUAAUAUAACGGCUUUGUUAAACGGGUCCGUAUUUCAAGAACUAUCUCACAUUGAGAGUGUAGACGAGGAUGAGGAAUCUCACUUUAGUAUUGUUCCGGAAAAUAUUUCGCUUACCUAUGAGUCUCAUCUACAGAAGAAAACUAGCGAACAGCCAGGCAACGAACAACUAAUCACGGCUUUGAGAGAGCAAGUGUUCAAACUGAAAAACGAACUUCAAGUGCGUGAUAAUGAACUGAAUCGUCUGCAUCACGAGAAGGAAAGCGACGUUGAUCAGGUGAGCGAAAGCGACGAUGCAGAGGGGAAGAACGAUCUGUUGUCCACCCCCAAGGUCUCAACCAUUAAAGAGCGGCAAGCCAAUGACACUCAGAGCGAAAGUGAAGCAUGGAGUGAACCCGAUCGCCUCGUUUCUAGAGCUCGAAUUGGAUUGGACCCUUUUGCCUCGCUACCAUUUACACCCGUUUCUCGAUUGCAGCGCGACCAGUAUCGACAGAGUAGUGAAGACGAUGAUCGUUUCCAAGAAUUAACACCCUCUAGACGGACCAUAGCAGCGGUCUAUGAAGAAGUAGAUAGGCUUCAGGACGAAAACUUUGCAAACAGUGUGAUGUACAAACAUAAACUACAGGAAUUGGAAGCACAAAUGCAAGAAAGCAAGAAGAAACUCAUUCAAGCCGAAUUGGAGAAAAAUAGUGCCUUAGAGAAAGUGGACAGUUUACAAAAGAUUGUCGACGAGCUAAACGAAUCCAGAAAACAUUACGAAGACAUUAUGGCGGGUAAAGAUAAGGAAAUUCAAGAUAAGAUUAAUUGUUUAGAGGUGGAAAAAGAAAAGGUGUUAGCGGAAUCGCAGACAUAUUUGCAUCAACUGACUGACGCUCAAAACCAAGUUAUUGCAGCUAGAGAGAAGGUAAAAGUAUUGGAGGAACUGGAGAAGGAUUUGAGAGUAAAACAUGAAGAAGAUUUAAUUAUUAAACUAAAAGAGGCAGAGGAAUUGUUUACUAACAAGAUGAAAGCGGUGGAAGAAAAGUAUGUAGUAGAAAUCGAAGAAGCUCGAGAAGCCUUAAGGUGCCGCCAAGAGGAGUAUACACGGGAUUAUAUCAGGAAAGUGGAUGUAGAAAAGAAACUAAAUGAAGCUGAACAACUUAUGACAGAACUAAAUGAAUUGAAAUCGGUGGUAUAUUCAUAUGAAAACACCAUUUCCUCCUAUAAAGAGAAAGAACUGGAAAUUCAGAGCACCAUUCAGACACAUCGCAAUGAAAUAGAAACUUUACAAUCUCAAUUGAAGAAUACCAAAAUCAGCCACUGCCAACUGGAGAAGGAAAGAGUGAAAUUGUGCGAAUCAAAGCACGCAUUGGAAACAGAGAUAGCAAAAACGCAUCAAAAAGAACAGCAUCUCAGGAAUCAACUAACGGAUAUUCAGAAGAGCCUUAGCGAAGUCACCGAGAAAUAUGGAGAACAAGUGACAACUUUGCAAAGGCAGAAGAGCAGUUUGGAGUUGAAAAUCAGCGAGCUGGAAAGCUGUAAUGCUGAAUUACGCAAUCGGCUAAUUAAUAUCGAAUCGACCAAGUUUAGCUUGGGGCUCAAUGCCACUUUACCAUCCAAUGUAGGAUCUUCUAGACCCUAUUAUAGGCGACAAUAUUCCGAUCAAAAUACGUACAGCUCGGAAGACAAUGGCGAAGAAGAGGGAAGACACUUAGCUUUUAACUCAGACUCUCGGUCAAGAUCAGCCAUUCAACCUGCUAUUGCAGAUGGGGAAAGAGCUGAAGCUAAUUCUUCACCGGAUUUGGGUAUUGAAAGUGACCACGGACGAUUUUCAAGCCUCGAAAACAAUGGAAAUAAUACCACCAGACCUUUACUUCAGACUAUAGAAAUCACCGCAUGUAUGAACCGCAUAUUCGAUGAGCAAAAUGAUGGGCUGCAAGUGAACGAUUCAGGUAACGAACAUUGCUGCCAGAAAGCGAUUGAAACGGCACAAGAGAACAAUGAGCUAAAGCGAAAACUUUUGCGGAUGAAGAGGGCGUUAGAAGAGACAGCCACGCAGCUCAACUUGGCCAAUCAAAGGAAGAAACAAGUUGAAAAAACAAUUUGCAAACAAAUUCACAAGACGAGUCAAGUGUUGCGCAAAGCGAAGGCUAACUUGGAUUCUGGGUCUGAGAGUGAAAAUUUACGUCCCUAGACACAUUAUGUGCGAAUUCACAAUGACUGACCUAUCUGUUUUUUUUUUCAAGUGGGUGAUUAAGGGAAUUUUUGGUAAUGGCUGGAUUUUCCCUCAAUUUAGAGCUAUUUGUGAUGUAAUGGUGAACCGCAACAACAAUAACGUGAGUUUAGUGCACGCGCUUCAACAAGAACUAUAAAUGAAGCUUCAUUUAUGCGUCAGCUUUCUUACUUGUGGCAUCAAGUUUAUUGUGUCCCAUUCGUGUAAAUUUUAGGUUCUAAACGUGUAAAAAUAUAAAUACUGAUUUUCUAUAAGGACCAAUGUGAUACUUCGACAGUGACAACAUAAAAUGCAUGAAUUUUAUGGGAUAUUUCCAGGGCUCACACUAAUUGAACUUUCUUGGACUCAUCAAUUCAAUGUUUAAACUUGUUUAAAAAACUUGAAGGGUAUUUCUUAAUUUUCGGAUCAAUUUAAAAUUGCAUUAUGUUGUUACAACAGAAUCAUUAUAAUUUCUUAUAUCAGAAGAAAUUAUGUGCACAUUUGAAUAAUUUACUAAAAUGAAAUAUGCCAAAACUGGACAACUUUUGUUGGUAUUUUCUACAUAGAAGGCUAUUUUUUUAGUUAGGGUUAGUGAGAUUACGAUUUACAUUUGCUUCUGAUCUCAGCCUAUUAUAUUUUGAUACUUGCAUAUCAUAAAAUGAUAAUUUUCUGGCUAUCUGUAAUUAGUAUCAGAUUCACUUCUCACAUGUUAUUAGCACGAAUUUUAUACCAUACAAUUACUGUUGAAAACCCUGACUUUUUCUGGGGGUUUUAGUUCAAUGAAGAAAACAACACGACGAUCCUUGUAAAGUUUGUUGUUGCAUUUUAAGCUAUGUCGAUGUCCAUAAUGCAUGUCGUCUUUGUGCCAAGAUUUAGAAUAAGAAAAUGUAUGAUUCUCAUGUGAAAAUGAACAUUUUAUCUGUAUAUUUUGAGCUCUACAAGUUGAUUGUAUAUAUGUUUGAACAGUAUUUUGUGAUAACGUGAAUAUUUUUGCAGUUGUCCAAGAGGUUGUAUAUAUAUUUAGAAGUACCAAUAAAGAACAUUUGACUUUU